UCAUGCCAAAGCUCGAUGUUGUUGACUCUUGUCUUAUUCCAUCCAUGUACUCGGAACCUACCCGGUUUCCGUUCACACAACAUUCCAAGCGGCCAGGUGCGGCCAUGCGUGGCUGCCUCAUGCGACAUACAUAGAUCGACGGCUUUUUUCUGCUCUCGCUGAAACCCGUUGAGGCUCUCGAGCCAAAUCCCUGAGUUCAUUGAUUCAGUUCGAACUCCUAGGACUGCACACUACGGUCUCGACUUUACUGUGGAGUCCCAGAGUGGUCAUGAUGACGAUACGGCGGAGAUGCUCAGACUUAAUGCAGGGUCCGGGUCAAUGAAGCCGGUGCAUGGCCGGGCUCGGGGCUGCUUGGAGACUUCACACGGAGGCUCGGUUAUACCGGCGAACAAGCUCCCCGCCUCAGACGCCGACUCGAGACCCCCGAUGCGGGGCCAAGAGAAACGCUUCCCUUCCCGCCACUUGCGCCAGCAGCUUGUGUCUAGACUGUGGCCCUAGACUCGGCUCAUAAACUACAAGCGCGAAAACUGAAUCAGACGUACGGACGAGCCAUUGCAUCUGUCCCGGCCAUACAAUUCAAUGCUGCCAAUACGAUCAUCGCCAGCCCGCGCUUCUGUGCUUGCGCUGUUGCUUCAUGCUGCGUGCGUAUGGGGCGACAGCCAGGUCAACGUCACCAUCGACGACACCGACGCCGCGAUCGUCUAUUCGCCCGCGACGUCGUGGAACUCGAGUGCCGUGACAUGCGAUGGGUGUAACGAUCCAUCACCCGUCCUGGCUGUUGGGCGGACAUUCCACAAGGGGGCAAAUAUCGCCGUUGGAUCGCUCUCGGCCCCUGCGGCCAGCCCCCCGACGACCUCCGCUGCCCCCGCCUCUGCCUCUCCCCCCGCUCCCGCCCCCGCCCCUGCGACUGGGACGAACUCGACCGUGGCUCCUCCGCAAGACACGGACGUGCCGGGCGGCACGGAUAACGAUGGGGACUACGGCGGCAGCGGCAGCGGCCACGGGAAAGGCCCCCGCCGGCGAGCGACACCCGCCCCCGUGUCCCUGCGGUUUCCGUUUACCGGAGUCGCUGUGUACGCCUAUGCGAUCGAGCCCUCUAGCGCGCCUACGGCUGCGAGCCCGUCCGCGCAGACGAACCUGACUUUCAAUCUGGACGAUCUCGCCCCGACGACGCUGAUCCGAACGAGCGGAUCGGGGCCAACGGACUUCCUGUUUAACGCGAGCGUGUUUGCGCAGACGGGGCUCGCUGAUGGGGACCAUGUCCUGACGAUCACCCUCGGCGACGACUCGGUGUUCAUCAUCGACUACUUUGUCGUCACGCAGUCUGUCGUUGCGCUCGCGGGCAGCCCCUCCGCGGCGAGCAGCAGCUCAAUCGGGCCACCCUUAGUCACAGGGGCGGUAUCGGAUGCUUCUGCGCAAACCAAAAGCGGCCGCGCAUCGUUCGUCGGCGUCGUCGCCGGCGUCGUCGGAUCUCUCGCGCUGCUCGCGUCCAGCAUCGCCCUCAGCCUCAUCAUCCGGCGGCGGAACUCCCAGCGCAGGAACAGGCUGCACGGUCCCGCGCCAGCACCAGCCACGGACGACGAAGCGGCUGUGUUCGUCCCGCGGUACUUCCCGGGCGAGGAGCCCCGCCCCGGGCUGUCGCCGGUGCUGCCGCCGUACGAGCCGCGGUCGUAUGCGGACGUCCCGCCCCCGCUCGACCAGCUGCCGCCCCUAGCCCCGCCGCCCUCGACGCCUGAUGCCGAUGCUGGCGACGGCGCCGAGCCGAUGAUGCGCGAGGUAGCGCCGCAUGUGAUUGCGCGAGUGGUAUCCACGCCGUCCCGUACCCAGUCUGUAUAGAUUGUUCCCGCAUUGAACGCUUCGUCCCGCUGUAUGCCUCCGUGCUGACUGAAGACUCCGCCUUCCUUCUUACUUAUCGUACGAAACACAAGUGUCCACUGUAAAAUCGUGUCCAGCAGCCUCUGUCACUACCCACUAAUCCGAUCGAAUUGAGUCGACUGACACGGUCACAUGUCUCACGUGGUCUUAAUCGUGGGGCAAUGCAGAUCAAGAACCUCUUGCUUACUCGCGCAAUUGAUAUCGUCAUUGUCCUGUAUGAUUGAGGGGCUCUCCACAAAUAAUUUUGCAUCGUCUCCCUGCGCGUUUUCACGACUCCAGGGCUUAUACAUCCACUACAUUUUCGGAAUCGUGUGGGCGAUCAUCUUGGAUGUUGAAGAGAUAGGUUAGGAAGCUAAAUUCUC